AUGGCAGAUAAUAAUAAUCAAACUAAUAAUAAUAAUGUUAUACCACCACCCAAUCAAUCUCAACAACAACAACAACAACAACAGCAACCUCCAAAACCACAACAACCUCAACAACAACACGUUAGGCUGAAUCAACCACAAUAUUCUCAAGCUGAUUUAAAUCGAAUAGUUUUAGAAUAUUUAAAUAAAAAAGGUUAUCAUCGUACUGAAUCAAUGCUUCGAUUAGAAUCUUCAAAUACUCCAACUACUGCAACUGCUCCAAUUACACCAGCAACUACAUCAUUAGCACAAGCACAAGAAUUGACAACAAGUAUAACCACCCCCGACCCAUCAAAAUUAUCGGAUAAAGAUAAAGAAUUAAAAGAUAAAUUAUUUGCAAGAGAGAAAGAAUUACGUGAUUUACGAGAAAAACAAAUUAGAAUAGAAAGAGAAUUAAGAGAAGCAAAAGAUCGUGAAGUUAGAUUUUCAAAAGAGAAAGAUUUAAAAGAAUUGAAGUUAUUAGAAGCUAAAACUAAAAGAGAAAAUGAUCCAGAUACAUAUUUCAUAGCGUAUACAAUGUUAAGAAGAUGGGUUGAUUCAUCUUUAGAUUUAUAUAAACCUGAAUUAUCAAGAAUUUUAUAUCCAUUAUUUAUUCAUUGUUUUUUAGAAUUAAUAAGUAAAGGAUUCACAUUAGAAUCAAAGAAAUUUUUCGACAAGUUUAAAUAUGAUCAUUAUAUUUUACAUGGAGAUGAGAUUAAUAAAUUUGCGGGAGUUUCCCUAAUGGAACAUUUACAAGAAAAUGAAUUAGCAUUGGCUUAUCGUAAAUAUAAAUAUAGAAUCCUAGUUUCAAAAACUUCAUUAAAUUUAUUAUUAUAUUUCCUACAUGAAAAUGAAGCAGUUGGAGGUGCAAUAUUAAUAAGAAUUAUAAAUCACUAUUUAGAACCUGUAAUUUCAAAAAAUAGACCAGAUAAAAUUGACCAAGAAGGGGAAGCAAAUCCAGAGGAAGGUAUAAGUGAAUAUAUUGCGAAUACGAAUGAAAUUGAGAAAUUUAAUUCUGAAAAACAAGUAAAACUAGGAAAAUUUCCCUUGGAUUCGGAAGUUUCAAAAGAGAUUGAAGCUGAACUAAAGAUUAAAGAUGAGAAAAUUGAACCAAUAAAUAAUAAAACAUUAUCUGAAGAAUUUCAAGAGAUGAAUAAAUUAGAUAAUGACUCUCCAGCAAGAGAAUCUUUACCAUUACCAAUUAAAGAUUCUGCAGAUUUAAAAAGAAUGAUUCUUGAGAUUGAAGAUUCAAGAUCAAAAAUUAAAUUAGGUGCCAUACAAGCUAGUUUACCUUCUGUUUGUAUGUAUACAUUCCACAAUACCAAUAAUAAUAUGACGUGUAUUGAAUUUAAUAAAGAUUCAAAUUUAGUAGCUGCUGGUUUUCAAGAUAGUUUUAUUAAAAUUUGGUCAUUAGAUGGUAAACCAUUAAAAUCAGUUUUAAAGAAAGAUCGAAAUAAUAAUAUAUCAAAUUCAAGAAAAUUAAUUGGUCAUAGUGGUCCAAUUUACGGUCUUUCAUUUUCACCAGAUAAUAAAUAUCUUAUAUCAUGUUCUGAAGAUAAAACAGUUAGAUUAUGGUCAUUAGAAACAUAUACUGCAUUGGUAAGUUAUAAAGGUCAUAAUCAACCAAUUUGGGAUGUUAAAUUUUCACCUUUAGGUCAUUAUUUCGUAACUUGUUCACAUGAUCAAACGGCAAGAUUAUGGGCAACUGAUCAUAUAUAUGCUUUAAGAAUAUUUGCGGGUCAUAUAAAUGAUGUUGAUUGUGUUGAAUUCCAUCCAAAUUCAAAUUAUGUAUUUACUGGUUCUUCAGAUAAAACUUGUAGAAUGUGGGAUGUUUUGACUGGUCAUUGUGUUAGAAUAUUUAUGGGUCAUACAGGUGCUAUUAAUUGUCUUGCCGUUUCACCUGAUGGUAGAUGGUUAACUUCAGCUGGUGAAGAUUCAGUAAUUAAUUUAUGGGAUAUUGGAACUGGUAGACGAUUAAAAACUAUGAAAGGUCAUGGUAGAUCAUCAAUUUAUUCAAUUACAUUUUCAAAAGAUGGUUCAAUUUUAAUUAGUGGAUCAAGUGAUCAAUCAGUUAGAGUAUGGGAUAUUAGAAAAAAUAUAAAUGAUGCUGGACCUGAACCAGAAGCAUUUACAAAUGAAGGAACAGAAAAUAAAGAUUCAAAUGGUUCAUUAAAUAAUCAAAAUGGUCAACAACAAAAUAAUCAACAAGUUCAACAACAAAGAAAAGAUGUAAUUGCAAGUAGUGAUCAUAUGACUGCAUUUUUCACUAAAAAGACACCAGUUUAUAAAGUACAUUUUACAAGAAGAAAUUUAUGCCUAGCAGCAGGAGCAUAUCAGCCUUAA